UGUGCCUAACCAUGUAAUCAGUUACCUGUUUAGGUGGAAUAGGCUGCAAAAGUUUUUCGAUACUGCAUUUUAUCAAUAUUUAGUGCUGUGAUUUGUCCGUGCUAGUUUCGUUAAAAAGUUCGUUUAUUUGGUCGUGUGUGUCGUUUUACAUUGUUUUGACCAGGCUAAAAUGGCCUUCUAAAAGUACCACAUUCUUUGAUGGAAUAUAUUACUCCGGUAAAAAUGGCACACAGAAAUGGAUUUUCAAGAGACGACAGAGACCUGGAUAGAGAUAAGGAGAGAGAGUUCAGAGAUGAGAAAGCCCCAGUGCACAUCAUCGAACAUUUGGCGACUUUCAGCGUGUCUCAGGAGAUGGGGAUAUUAUAUCCGAACGAUGGAAUGAGACGGCUGCGCCAAAUGGAGCAAACCAACGGGAUUUGGUCGCAAAAAAUGCAACUUUGUCUUGACUACCCAUGGGUCUUGAUCUUGGAUGAAUCUGGAGCUAUAGUAGAAAAAUUUCCUGUGAACGCUAUACAAGACCCAACAGCGUUCAUGAGUACUGAACCAAUGGACAUGUACAACAACAUAUUAGUGUUUAUUAUAGCGGAUUCCAGUCAGCCCUCCCAUUCGCCUGAAAUGCAGAUGCACAUAUUUCAAUGUCAAAGCAUAUCUGCACAGGACCUUGUAGAAGACCUAAAAGCCUUACGCAUGGGCAAAGCGAUAUCCAGGAGUCGCAAAAGCAGCAUUCCCGCCCAUAAGUCGCUUCCUCCAGCAGUAGUCAGUCCAAGUCGCGAUAACACCAGAGAUUAUUUCAAUCACAGAUCCGAUUCUGAAUUGACUGAAAACAAUGAUGAUUCCAGCUCCACCACCAGCGAGAAGUACGAGCGUGACGUUAGCAUUUUGAAUCAUUGCUUUGAUGAUAUUGAGAAGUUCAUCGCUAGACUGCAGCACUCUGCAGCCGCUUUAAAAGAGCUGGACCGCAAGAGAAAAAAUCGAAGGAACAAGAAGCGGGACAUUGGAGACGGGAUGUUGACCAUGAGAGCGAAACCGCCGCCAGAGAAGGAGUUUGUAGAUAUUUUCCAGAAGUUUAAGUUAUCCUUCAACCUAUUGGCUAAACUGAAGGCUCACAUCCACGACCCGAAUGCUCCCGAACUGGUUCACUUCUUGUUUACUCCAUUGGCACUGAUCGUGGAGUCGUCGCAUGAUUAUUACUUCGACCAGCAUAUCCCGCAAAACGUAACGGCCCCACUGCUAACCAGAGAAGCGAUCAAUCUGCUUAUGAACUGCGUGACCAGCAAAGAAACUGAGCUGUGGCAUUCGCUAGGAAACGCAUGGUUAGUGCCGAAAGAUCAGUACAGAGGUCACGUGCCAUCAUAUCAUCCGGUUUUCAUGGAUGGUUGGUCUCCCGAAUAUCCAGUCGAUGAGCCAGAUACUGCUGAUAAAAUACAUGGUCCUGACGACGACGAUUCGGAUAGCAACUUCAUUCCACCCCUUGGGGAGAGCACUGCUAAGAGCGACAUUUCUUUGGAUUCAAUCGAGAUUAAAGGGGAAGAAAAAAGUUUUGGUGCAGGCCAGGAACGGUUUUUGGAAGAGCUGCACAGCAGGGGAGCCCAUAUAGUCCAAGUUACUUAUCCAAGGACUGCUAAUAAUGAUAAGGAGCUCACUGUAGAACGAGGAGAGUUCUUAGAGAUUUUAGAUAGCAGUAGGAAGUGGUGGAAGGCAAGGAACAGUAAAGGGGCCGUGGCACAUGUGCCGAACACCAUAGUGACCCAGUACCAUUCAAGCAGCUUGAGUCCACACUUAAGAAACUCUAUACGCAGAGAAGAUUCACCCCCGCAUUCACGUUAUCCAGGCCAAAUCCCUGGGGAUGAAUUCAGGAUUCAAACGAAACCGGCUGAAGCGAUCCGGAGCGAGAGGCUCGAAGAUCAACUUCAAAAACAUGUAGCUCCUCCAGUUCCACCACCGCCACCGCCUCCAAACGGUGCAUUACCACCCCCGCCGCCUCCCCCAAUAUUUAACAACCAACCACCCGAGGCACCCCCGACUGAAAGACCGAUAAGUCGUCAACCCUCUCAAUCAUCCCCUGCCAGUGAUGCUGUCCAAGAGGAACUGAAUAGCGUGUUCAGCGUUAUGAAGGAUAAAAUAAGACCGAAACCUUUACUCGAUAUUAAAUCAACCCCAGAGAAGUAUAUUAAUAAUAAAAGUAGCGCCGCAGAGGUGCAGGAGUGGUUGAAAGUGAAAGAUUUUGAUGCAGGGGUGUGUGGAAAGUUUAAGGGGGUGGCUGGUUCUCAGAUUAUGGCCAUGGACAAGGAGGAUUUGGAGAAGGUUUGUGGACAAAAGAUCGGGGGGAGGCUUUAUUCCUUUUUGCUUGUGCAAAAGUCCGUCAGUGGGUAUAAAACCUACCGAAGUGCUGAGUUCCAUAAGUUAUUGCAAAAACAGAGGCAGAAGCUGGAGAAAAAACCUGAAGAUAUUCUAGAAGACGAAUGAGAUUUUUUGAGCUAAUUUUUAAGUAAAAGUUGUAUUAUUAAUAAUCGCUUUCAUAAUUUAUUAUUAAUAGCAGGCAAUAUUGUUGGACCAAUAAAACUAGUUUUAAAAUU